AUGCCCACCUUCCCGCGCCGCUUGGAGGAAGUGAAGAAAGUGCAGGAAUUGAAGGAUGCCAUGGCCAAUCUGAAGGACCUGCGCCAACAGUUGGAGUCGAAGAUCGGUUUCAAUGCCUCGGUGCCGACGAUGUACUCCGAGGCGAACAUGGAGCAGAUGAUCCAACUCAUGAACGAUGGAAUUGCAGGCGAUGCAGAGACGUCCAUGCGCGGAUCUGCAACGAAAGAUGUAUGUGAUGAGUAA